AUAUUUAAACAAUAAUUAAAAAAGGUGGUAGUAAAAAUAAUCGAAGAUAAAUAAAGUUGUGUGCAAUUUUUAAUUUAAAACUAACGCAACACUGCAUGCCUACCCAAAACCAAUUAAAAUUUUAGCUACAAACAAAAGUAGCAGCAGCCUUUGGAGCAGCAACAACACGAGUAACAACAAAACGGCCAACAAGAGUAACUACAACAACAACAAUAGCAGCGGCAGCAUCAGAAUCAGCAUCAGCAGCAGCAGAAAAGCAGUUAAGCAAAAUUUCAGAGCACAAAAUAACUUAUACUUAACAAAUUGCCCAAAAAGUUUCGCAAUUUAAUUAAAGUCAAUAAAAAACUGAAGAGAGCUAAAUAACAAUAAGUCCAUAUUUCAUCAAAAAACAAAGAAAAAACAACAGUUCAAUUAACUCCCACACAACAAAUCUUCAAAUUAAAAUCAACUUUGUUAACAGAAAAUAUAAAAAAAACAAAACUAAAAAAAAUACAAAAAAAUUAAUAAUAAAAAAAUAUUAAAAAAAUAAUUAAAAAAUCCAAUAUGCAGUGCGGUCUGGAGCAAAUGAACGAUUGCGAACGUUCGCCAAAUCGAACAAAUCUCCGCGUCAAUUUCAACGAGAAAGGCUCAGAAGUCAAGGAGAGACGUGAAAAGUUCCUCACCGCCAAAUAUGGUUCACAUCAGAUGAGUUUAAUUCGAAAGCGCUUGGCAGUUGAAAUGUGGCUUUAUGAUGAACUACAAAAACUCUUCGAUCCACCAACUGAAGCUAUUGAUGUAGAUAUAGAUGAAAUACUAGAUAUGGAUACAGACGACAUCAGAAGAUCUCAUCUAAUUAGAUUAUUGUCAGUCUGCAAACGCCCACAGUCGGACAUUUUGAAAUUUAUCAGCGAUCUCCUUGAUCGCGCAAAAACGCUUUAAACGCCCGACAGCAGAAAUACGUUUUUCACAACAAAUUCUGUUAAUUUGUUAUUUUUCUUUUAUAAAUUUAUAAACUUAAGUUUAGCUAUAAGAAAUUGAAAUAUUAAACUUUAUUAUACAUACAAAUAUGUUGUAAAUUUAGUUUUAAUUUUUCGCAACGCACUCCUAAGUUCGUUACUUUUUAUUUAAAUUAUUUUUAAAUUUCAAAAAAAAAAAA